AUGAACCAGUUAACUGAACUAUUCGGCAUGGCAUCAAUUCAAGCUCGCUUUGAAGCGACUAAGAAUUUUAUCGAUGCACGGAUGAAACCUCAUCGGAGCGUGUGUGAUCACCUUCUCCAGAUGACUAGUUACUUCCAUGAAGCUAAGAAUCAUGGAGCUGUUAUAGAUCAGACAACUCACGUGAGUUUGAUCUUGAACAGUUUGACUCUAGCCUUUCUGCCCUUUACUUCAAAUUAUGUCAUGAACAAGUUAGAGCUUGACUUUUACGAGUUAAUCAACAACCUUCAAACAUUUGAAAAUUUGAUUGGAGGACCACAGAAAGGAGGAGCUAAAGCUCCUAAUUUUGGGACUGCUAAUGGUACAGCUAAGGCUGAGAGGGAAAGCCAAAAGGAAAAUGCUUCUAUUGCAAUGAAAAGGGCCACUGGAAACCCUAAUGGCCUAAGUUUCUCGCAAAGAAACAAGCUCCAGCUGCUUAAACUUGGAUUGUUAUCCUAG